AUGGCUUAUGACAGGGUGGAGUGGUGUUAUAUUGAGAAUGCUGCGUUUGUGAUUUGCACAGGAAUGGGUACAACAAUGGAUUGUCUUUCGACUGUUUCCUUUUCGGUGUUGUGGCAUGGAAAUUCUUUUGGUCACUUCAGUUCACAGCGGGGUUUACAUCAGGGUUGUCCAUUAUCCCCUUGUCUUUUCUUGUUUUGUGCAGAAGGUUUUUCUGGCUGGCUCCGUUUUGCUGAGAGGAAUGGAAGUUUAAUUGGUGUCUGUGCCCCCAUUACACAUUUAUUAUAUGCAUAUGACAAUUCAUUAUUUUUGGAGCAAACUCCAGAUGCUUGGGCUUUGUUAAGGUUGGAGGCUUCUCAUCAACGCAAAUUCUUUUGUGGGGCAGGUGUAUCGUGGAAGAUAAAUGUUGAUGGUGCUGUCAAUUUGCUAUUUGGCUUUAGAGGUUUAGGGGUUGUAAUACGGGAUAGUAUGGGUGAUUUAAUGCUGGUUGCCUAUAAAGGUCUUCAUGGCACAUUUUCUCCUAAAGCUACUGAACUUUAUGAGGCAAUUUUGGGAUUACAGAUUGCAAGUCAAAUGGGGCAUCCUUAUGUCAUUUUGGAAAUAGAUGCUAAAGAGAUUAUUAUGAAUCUUCAAACUUAUGAGCAAAGCGGGUCAAUGGAGGGUGCUUUAGUAGAUUAA